AUGAUUCAAGAUCCGACUGAAGCGCAUAUGAAGGCAAUAGAAUACCACAGGCAGUAUAUGGAGGCAGUAACUCAGCUCAGUUUUGAUCCAAUGCCAAACCCCAAUAUUGGAUGGUGUCUUUCGAAAACGGUUACAUGCAAGUUAUGUCCAUCUUGUGCUCAACAAGACAACAUUGGUCGGUCCAUCCGUUUAGCUCCUGCAAGAAAAAGCCAGUUUUUCCACACAGUAUCAUUUCCUGCAGCUUCGCCGACUAAGUUUUCCGGCACGGACGACAAAGAUUCUGACAAGUUGUAUGGAGAUGAUAAGAGAAGAGUUCAUACAGGUCCCAAUCCUCUUCACAACUAA